GAGUGGCUGGUGGUGUGGUGGCUCUCCUCUCACAGACCCGAGAAGGGAGGCAGAGCGAGAGGAGGCAGCGCUCUGCCGGGAGUGGCUCCUCCUCCUCCUCCUCGGGCCCCCCUUUUGUGUCCCUCGCCCAGGCUGCCCCAGGCAUGGCCCAGGUGGGGCACCGGGUGGACUACCUGGCGGGCUUCUGCUGCCCGGUCGGGGGGCUGGCGGCGGGGAAGCCGCGCGUCCUCUGCCACGGCAGCCAGAUUUACCUCUCCAACGGCACCGAGUACGUCUACGUCUACGACCAGGAGGGACGCCUCAUGAAGGCUGUCUACCGAUUUCCUGAUCAAGUUUGGCACGUGGAACUCUUGCCCCUCCAUCAGCAGCUAUAUAUUCUGUGUGCUGGAGUGGGUAUUUACUGUGUGUCCUUGGACUACCCAAGCAGGUUAGCGAAGCGAACGGAUGGGGAGGAAAAUGACUGCUACUCCAGCAUUCUCCCCAUGGGCUCCAGUGCCUGCACCUUUCCCGAUGCCACGCUUUGCACCUUCACACUGCUCAGUGACGUCCUCGUCACCCUCUCCCAAAUCCAGGGGAAGUGGUGCAUGAAUCUCCAUGAGCUCCCGGGCCCUGAGGACCAGGAGAACUUGCCACGCCAACCCAUCAGCCAUGUGGACAUCACCACCAGCACCAGUAGUGAUGGAGACAUGUCCUUAGCUCACUUUCUUCCAGUCUUGUGUUGUGCAUCCUCUCCAGAUGCCAGUGACCACAAAGAGGGCCUUCGCCACUCAGGAGGCUUUGUGCUGGAGGAGCCUCUCUUUAGCCUCCUCUUUGGUGUAGAUGCUGCCAUGCUGGAUUCUCCCAUGAUUCUCUGUGGCUUCCCAGAUGGGCAACUGUGUUCUGUGCCCUUGAAGGCCUUGAGGUCUGACAACUGCAGUCAUGAAAACUCCCCUGUCAAGAUCCUUCAUCAUUUGGAAGAGCCAGUUGUCUUCAUUGGGGCCUUGAGGACAGACCGAAAGUCCCCAGAUGUAGAAGAGCUGCCAGCCUAUGGAGACUUGGGCUGUGAUUGUGUUGUGGCCUUGGGUCACUAUGGGAAAAUGGUGGCCAUCAAGGCAGCUUCAGGCGAAGAAGUCAAGGUUCCAGAGCUCCGAGAGUAUUACUUGCAGGGACCUGUUCUGUGUGCAGCAUGCGCGGGGGGGAGCCGCAUGUACUACAGCACCCAUUCUGACAUCUAUGCUGUUGAUCUGGACAGCAACACCCCUGAGGCUGAGAAAGUAGAGGACUCACCAGGAACCCUUCCGUCAGUUUUGUCUCCUGCCAGCUUGAGUAUCUGCAGUGUGGUGGCACUUUCCUUAUCUUCCCGAGAGUCAGAAGGUGAGUCGGAACUUCUGGCUUUAUCUGCUAAAGGCCGCCUCAUGACCUGUGGCUUGUGCAGUCCAGAUGAUACACAGCCUGUCAAAAUGAACCCAGAUAAAGCAGGGCAGAGGAUCAAAGAACUGCUGUCUGGAAUUGGCCAUGUCUCAGAGAGAGUGUCAUCCUUAAAGAAGGCUGUGGACCAGAAGAACCAAGCAUUGACAUGCCUGAAUCAGGUGAUGAGUGUGAGUGCAGCUUUGCUGUCGAGCCAGAAUGGUCAAAAGCCUAUCACUUGUACCAUUACGGCCCACUGGAGCCACAUCCUGGUUCAGGACACCUUGGCAGUUUCCUGUAUCUUGGAGAACCUGAGCGAGUGCAGCUUGGAGCGAGGCUGGACCUUCUGUGUCCAGUUGUUUGCCAGUUCCUGUGACUUUGAUGAAGGCUCCUCAGAUUCUGCUACUACUUAUACUUUCCCCAUAGAUCAGCUCCUUCCUGGAAACAAGACGGAGGUGACCCUCCCACUGGGCCCUGCAGAAGGCUCUAAGAUAGAGCUACCUUUCAUAGUCUCCUGUUCCCUCUACUACAGCCUACAGGAAAUCCUGGGCACUGUCUCGGAGUCCACUGAGCUGCUGGAUGACCUGUUUUCUGAUGAUUCUCCAGGCCUUUGUCCAGACAGAGAAGGCAUCUGUCUGCCCUUGAAGGAAGUCACCGUUGACCUCCUGCAGUGCCUUCGCUUGGAAAGUGGCAGCAGUACAUCUGAUGGGACCCUGCCUGCAGCUGCCAUAUCACUGCCUGGGGACCCACUCCACACCUUUCUGAAAUUGUCCCAGAUGCAGUCUGACCUUGAGAGCAUUGAAGGGAAUGAUGAGCUAGUUCCAAGAGCACUGAACACUCUGGGAGAAGGUUACUUGGCUCCCUCGGUGGCUUCAAUCAAAGUGUCUUCUGAGCUGCUGAGAACUGCCCUGAAGGACAUCUGUGCAGAUGUGUCGCUGUGCUGUGCUGUGCUGCGGUGGCUGCUGGCAGAGAACGUUGAGGCGGAUUCCCUUCGGAGUCAGGAAAGAGCAGAAGUGCGAGGGCUGGCCCCGGACGGAGGCGAAGUGCAGCUGAACAUCCGAGAGGUGGCUGUCAGUGACAUGAACUCAGCAGGCCCCAUCCAAGCUGUUGAGAUUGUCAUCCAGAGCUCCCCGCUGGCCAACAUGUGCCAGCUGCACCAUGCCGUGGUCAGGCGGAUUCAGGCUCUGGUUUUGGAGCAAGCAGCCCAGGAAUCUUCUCCACCAGAUAUCCGUGUGCAGUACCUCCACCAGAUCCAAGCCAACCAUGAGAUGCUGCUAAAGGAGGCCCAGUCUCUUCGUGACCAGCUGUGCUUAGGGAACAAUUCAGAUGCUACGGUGGAGAAGCUCCUGCAUGUUUAUCGGCAGCUGCGCAACCCCAGCCUCAUUGUCUUGUGAGCGCCAAGCUGUGGUUGGUUACCUGUCUUCAGGACUGGUCUUGGAUGAUUUCACUGCCAUUUCUGCUCAGUGCCAGUACAGGAUGAAGGGGAACAGCUGGCUGUACACCUUGUGAACUGACUGAGGGCUGGUGUAGAGGCAUAGCCAGGAGGAGGAAGAGGAGGGGAAAUUCCAGCUGGGCAAGCCUGGGGUCCAAAUGGGUUGGUUCCAAAGGCUGAAAGCUCUUGGGCUCAGCCUUUCCAUUUGUCCUCUGUUUUCUCCAGCCACCCCCCCACUUCUCACCUUUUAAAGUGGUCAUUUCUUUUCUGCCAGGGUCCUGAAUUCCUGUCCAUUCUUGGCAGGUUUGAUUGGUGCAUUGUGGCAGUCUCACACACAGGCAAAGAGUUUGAUCAGAUGGCCUGUGUACAAAGCGUGUGUCAAGCAUUUGUAUGUACAUGUGUGUUGCUUGGGUGGCCAAUAAGGUGCUGUAAUGGGUGUGGGUGGUGUGUUGUGGAUCACGCUUGACGUUGCUAGUUUAGCUUCUUUUGCUUUUGGUGGUGGUCGCUUUGCUGUGGCAGGCCAGAGUCUGGUGAAUUGUAUGUGGGAAGGGAAGGGGGCAGGUUCUGCUGGAAAUAUAAUCACUUCUUAUUCUUUCCAGACAGCAACAACAUCAAAAAAAGGGCUAUGCCUCUAGCUGUGUCAUAUUUUUGGAAACACUGUGGAAAAACCCCCUCAGAUGUCAUACAGUACACACUAAGUAACACAGAGGUGCUCUUAGUAUGGUACCCCUUUUUCUAAUGGGGCGCUUUGCUCCUUUUUCCAGUAUUUGUCCUUUCUAUAUAAACAAUGUACUUGUCUGUUUCCAUGGUGGAGACUAAUA